AAACAGUUCAAGAGCAAAAGUGCAAAUGUCGAAAGCAAUGUUGAGCAAAGUAAGCGCAGCGAUUUUAAUUUUAACCGUAGUUUUGGGCCAGGCAGCAGCAGCGCCGCAGGAUGCGCCAAACCCUGUGGAUACAGUGGACGCGCCGGCUUCACCAGAGGCUCGCGCCAGCAAUAUCGAUGAGAGCGAUAUCGAAGAGCGCGCUUUGAAUUUUCUAAAUGUGAACAACUGGAAUGAGCAGGCCAUCAAUAGCCGUUAUACUGGCGCGGAUGCGACCGCUUUGGCUUACGCUUUGGAUAGAAUCUACACUGGCACGGCCGCAUCCUACAAGAAGAUGGUCAAGUUGCAAUUGUAUUUGUUCCAGAAAUUCGACGAUGCCGGCGAUGUGAAUGACAAAUACUACUUCAAUGUGGCAUACUACUUUUUGAAUAUCAGAAAGAACAAAUACUACUACAGUUUGACCAACGAACAGAAGCGCAAAUUGAACGAUUACAUAAGCUAUCUGCCGCCAUCGCUCGACUUUAUCUUCUUCCAGCCAAACUUUUGCUUGAUGAAUCGCAAAUACUUGCAGCACAUGUAUGCCGCCGACAGGGCCAUUGAUGGCCAACGUGAUUAUGUUUUCGUCUUUGAAAACAAUAACAACAAUGUCAAUAAACGCCCUUGGACAACGCAAGUGAGCGAUGUGUCCAACGAUCGGCAGACGAAAUUGAAAUUCACGCUUAAGCACAACCAGUCGAAACGCGUCGCUUAUUUGGAGCGCAACAGCUACAAUGGCCAGUCUAAUAUGGUGGCCGCUUGGCACUCCAGCUUCCAGCAACCCAACAAUGCCGACUGGACUGUUGAGCUCUACCAAAAUCAGCUGAUAUUUAAGCAGAAUGGACGCCUCAUCUGUGCCAGUGACUCGAUGUACAACAACAAUCGGCGUUACGUGUUUGGGCAGGGCGGAAAAGGAAAUGGCAAGAACGCACCAGAAUGCCAGUGGUAUGCCAAGGAGUGUCCAUGAGGAGAGAGUGAUUGAAAAGUUAGUGCAUACACACACACGCACAUCGAAAGGAAGUGAUAAAUGUAAAAAUGUUAUAGACAAAGCCGAAUAAAAUGGAAUUAAAAUUGCAGACGAUAUGAACCAGCAAA